UAGCUAACGUAAAGCUGUGAAAGGAAGUCUUGAGAGAUGCAAGUCUGGCAGACGACUCCUGUACACUCAUAAUUUUUUAUCAAGAAACUAUAUAGGGCAUUAAAGUUUUGAGUGUGAUUGGAAGGCUAAGAGGGGACUUCAAUUUCUCUUUCAACAUCUCCAGAAUCAUAUUACAACGACCCCUACCAAAUUAGAGAACUUUAGCAACUUUAACAUCAAAAUCAUACAGUACACAAGUGUAGACUAGGCAUUGAAGAAAAAAGAAUGGUACCUGUGGUCCUCGCCAUAUUCUUCAUCUCUUUUUCACCAUUCAACUUCACUCUCUUCACCUUGUUUCACUUGUCCGGACACCAAAGUUCUCCUUACCAAAGAAAUGGAAACAAGCAAAGAAGCAGGAAAACGGAUCGCUGAAUUGGAUGAGGAAGGUGAAGAAGAUGAAGACGCUGGUGAAGAUAACAAGAAAAAAAGAGCUCUGAGUCCCUCUAAAAGAAGGGUGUCUGGCGCAGGAGGGUCAACGCAGCGUUCCUGUCAGGUGGAAGACUGCACGGCUGAUAUGGCUGAUGCCAGGCCAUACCAUCGUCGGCAUAAAGUUUGUGAAUUCCAUGCUAAGGCUGCAGUGGUUUUCCUUGCUGGGCUACAACAACGCUUCUGUCAGCAGUGCAGCAGGUUUCAUGAGUUACAAGAGUUUGAUGAAGCUAAACGAAGUUGCCGCAGGCGUUUGGCAGGACACAACGAGCGACGCCGCAAGAGCUCAUAUGAUUCUCAUUGAGAAGAGACGUAUCAAACUAAUGCCAUUUUUCUGGAGCACACAAAUCAACUCCAACACUAAUGAAGAUUGCCUCAUAUUCAGUCUUGAAGAACGAAGCAUUAACAUUCUGAUCAUUGAGAAUGCUCUCUAUCUUCUGUCAAUUUCCAGAUUUCUUUCAGAAAGCGCUAGCUCUAUCUGUAUUAGUCAAACUACUUUUCAAUCAGCAAAAAAAAGUAAAUGGACUGUGCUCCUGCUUCUUGGUUUGCUUACAUUGGUGUUGGGUACUAAAUAGGCAUGCAUCUUCCACACCGAA